AUGCCGCCCAAAAAGGCCGAGCAGCCCAAGAAGAAGAAGGCCACUGUCGAUGACAAGACUUUCGGCAUGAAGAACAAAAAAGGUGGUGCUGCCCAGAAACAAAUCCAGCAGCUUCAAGCAAUGGCCAAGUCCAACAAGGACCCCGACGCGAAGCGCAAAGAGGCUGAAAAGGCCAAACGAGAAGCCGAGAAGAAGGCCGCCGAGCAAGCCAAGAAAGAAGCGGCUGAGCUCUUCAAGCCUGUUCAAGUGCAAAAAGUACCCUUCGGUGUCGACCCUAAGACUGUGCUGUGUGUUUUCCACAAGAAGGGCGGAUGUGAGAAGGGCAAAAAGUGCAAGUUCAGUCACGACAUGAACAUCGAGCGCAAGGCCGCGAAGAAGGAUCUUUACACCGACUCGCGUGAUGCGGAGGAAGGCGAGGAUAAGAAGAAGUCGGACACCAUGGACAACUGGGACGAGGAGAAGCUGCGCAGUGUCGUUCUCAGCAAGCACGGCAACCCACGGACAACGACCGACAAGGUCUGCAAGUACUUUAUUGAGGCUGUCGAGAAUCAGAAGUACGGUUGGUUCUGGGUCUGUCCAAAUGGAGGCGAUAAGUGCAUGUAUAAGCACAGCUUGCCACCAGGAUUCGUUCUGAAAACUAAGGAGCAGAAGGCGGCUGAAAAGGCUCUGAUGGACAAAUCUCCCUUGAACACGCUCACUCUGGAGGACUGGCUUGAAUCAGAGCGACACAAGUUGACUGGCAAACUGACGCCAGUCACACCGGAGAGCUUCGCUAAGUGGAAGAAGGAACGUUUGGACAAGAAGGCUGCUGAAGAGCAGGCACAGAAGGCUAAGGAAGCCACCGGUCGUGCAAUGUUCGAGAGCGGAGAUUGGAAGGAUGAAGAGAGCAGCGAUGAGGAAGAUGAGGACGAUGAUACUUGGAACUUGGAUGCCCUCCGUAACGAGACCGAGCAGCUCCAAGAGCGGAAGGAAGAGGAACGUCUGGCUAAGCUUACGGGUGGUGAAACUCCAUCAAGCGACAAUGCCACUGUACAGGAGGCUGCUGGUUGA